CGCGGAGCCGCGCCGAGGCCUUCCCGGCGCAGCGGAGGUGGGGAGCCGCGGCCGUCCGGCCGAAGGUUCCAGCCUGGACCGGCGCUGAGAGGAACGUGCGCCGUGGAGGCGCGGAGGAUCGAGGCGUCGCGGCCUGAGGCGAGUAGAGACCAAUUGCUGUAUCUUGGAUGGCUGCUCACAAACUUUUAAGACCUAGGCCCUAUCAUUGAACUUGGAGGUAGAACAGAGACUCUAAAAACAUUAGGCCAAUUGACCGGACAGACCCUUGAAACCAUGACCCUAAACCUUCGAACCAAGAAAAUUUAUCCCACCGGGUAUUUCAUUAAAUAUCUAUACAAGAUGUUGACUUUGUGGACUAGGAUAGUGCAAGCUUCAUUUAUUUUCCUCGCCACUGAAUCUAUAGGUGUUCUUCUAGAUCCAUGUGGUCAUAUCAGCCCUGAAUCUCCAGUUGUACAACUUGGUUCUAAUUUCACUGCAGUUUGUGUACUAAAGGAAAAGUGUAUGGAUAAUUUUGAUGUAAAUGCUGAUAACAUUUUCUGGAAAACAAACCAUGCUACUGUUCCGAAGGAACAAUAUACUAUCAUAAACAGAACAGCAUCUAGUGUCAGCUUUACAGAUAUCUCUUCAUUAAAUACUCAACUCACUUGUAACAUUUAUGCAUUCGGGCAGAUUGAGCAGAAUGUUUAUGGAAUCACCAUCAUUUCAGGCUUGCCUCCAGAAAAACCUAAAAAUUUGGGUUGUAUUGUGAAUGAGGAAAAGAAUAUGAUGUGUCAGUGGGAUCCUGGAAGGAAGACAUACCUGGAAACAAACUAUACUUUAAAAUCUGAAUGGGCAACAGAGAAGUUUGCAGACUGUAAAGCGAAGCGUGACACCCCAAACUCAUGUACUCUUGAUUAUUCUCCUGUAUAUUUUGUCAACAUUGAAGUCUGGGUAGAAGCAGAGAAUGCCCUUGGGAAGAUUACAUCAGAUCAUAUCAAUUUUGAUCCUAUAGAUAAAGUGAAGCCCAAUCCACCACAUAAUUUAUCAGUGAGAAACUCAGAGGAACUGUCCAGUAUCUUAAAAUUGGCCUGGAUCAACCCAAGUAUUAAGACUUUUAUAGGACUGAAAUACAACAUUCAGUAUAGGACCAAGGAUGCCUCAACUUGGAGCCAGAUUCCUCCUGAAGAUACAUCAUCCACCCGGUCUUCCUUCACCGUCCAGGACCUUAAACCUUUUACAGAAUAUGUAUUUAGGAUUCGUUGUAUGAAGAACGAUGGUAAGGGAUUCUGGAGUGACUGGAGUGAAGAAGCAAGUGGGAUCACAUAUGAAGCUAAACCAUCUAAGGAACCAAGUUUCUGGUAUAAGAUAGAGCCAUCCCAUACUCAUGGCUAUAGACCUGUAAAACUCAUAUGGAAGACGUUGCCUCCUUUUGAAGCCAAUGGGAAAAUCUUGGAUUAUGAAGUGACUCUUACAAGAUGGAAAUCUCACUUUCAAAAUUACAGAGUUAAUGACACAAAACUGACAGUAAACCUCACAAAUGAUCGCUAUAUAGCAACUCUGACAGCAAGAAAUCUGGUUGGCAGAUCAGAUGCGUCCGUUUUAACCAUCCCUGCCUGUGACUUCCAAGCUGCUCACCCUGUAACGAAUCUUAAAGCAUUCCCCAAAGAUAAUAAGCUUUGGGUAGAAUGGACUGCUUCUAAUGAGUCUGUAAAUAAAUAUAUACUUGAGUGGUGUGUGUUAUCAGAUAAAUCGCCCUGUAUCCCAGACUGGCAACAAGAAGACGGUACCAUACAUCUCACCUAUUUAAGAGGGAACCUAAUGGAGAGCAAAUGCUAUUUGAUAACAGUUACUCCAGUGUAUGAUGACGGGCCAGGAAGCCCUGAAUCCAUAAGGGCAUACCUUAAACAGGCUGCACCGUCAAAAGGACCUACCGUUCGGACAAAAAAAGUGGGGAAAAAUGAAGCUGUCUUAGAAUGGGACCAACUCCCUGUUGAUGUUCAAAAUGGAUUUAUCAGAAAUUAUACUAUACUUUAUAAAACUGCACUUGGAAAUGAAACCGCCGUGAAUGUGAAUUCUUCCCACACAGAAUACACGCUGUCCUCUUUGACGAGUGACACGUUGUACAUGGUACGAAUGGCAGCAUACACAGAUGAAGGUGGAAUGUAUGGACCCGAUUUCACUUUUACUACUCCAAAGUUUGCCCAAGGAGAAAUUGAAGCCAUAGUUGUGCCUGUUUGCUUAGGAUUCCUAUUGACAACUCUUUUGGGAGUGUUAUUCUGCUUUAAUAAGCGAGACCUGAUUAAAAAACAUAUCUGGCCUAAUGUUCCAGAUCCUUCAAAGAGUCAUAUUGCCCAGUGGUCACCUCACACACCUCCAAGGCACAAUUUUAAUUCAAAAGAUCAAAUGUAUUCAGAUGGCAAUUUCACUGAUGUAAGUGUUGUGGAAAUAGAAGUAAAUGACAAAAAGCCUCUUCCAGAAGAUCUGAAAUCAACGGACCUAUUUAAGAAGGAAAAAAGUAGUACUGAAGGACACAGCAGUGGUAUUGGAGGGUCUUCGUGCAUGUCAUCUUCUAGGCCAAGCAUUUCUAGCAGUGAUGAAAAUGAAUCUGGACAAAACACUUCUAGCACUGUCCAGUAUUCUACUGUGGUACACAGCGGCUACAGACACCAGGUUCCAUCGGUUCAAGUCUUCUCAAGAUCUGAGUCCACCCAGCCCUUGUUAGAUUCAGAGGAGCGGCCGGAAGACCUACAGUUAGUAGAUAAUGUAGACAGUGGUGACGGCAUACUGCCCAGGCAACAGUAUUUCAAACAAAACUGCAGUCAACCUGAAACCAGUCAAGAUAUUUCGCAUUUUGAAAGGCCAAAGCAUGUUUCAUCAGUCAGUGAGGAAGGUUUUGUCAGACUUAAACAGCAGCAGAUUUCAGAUCAUAUUUCACAGUCCUAUGGAUCUGGGCAAAUGAAAAUGUUUCAAGAAAUUUCUACAGCAGAUGAUUUUGGUCCUGGUACUGAGGGAGAAGUAGAGAGAUUUGAAACAGUUGGGAUGGAGACUGCGAUUGAUGAAGGAAUGCCUAAAAGUUACUUACCACAGACUGUAAGACAAGGUGGUUACGUGCCUCAAUAAAAGACUAGUUCCUGUUCCAACAUCAGCAGUAAGACAAGCUAAAAAUACUUUAUCUGUCAUUUCAGAUAAAAAUAAUCUUCACUCACUGAAGAUGAUCGUUUGCCCUUAAGGACAAAAAUACACUGUACUCUCACAUGGGCUGUUGCCAUUCCAGAAUAACUAGGAUUACUUUAAGCACUACAUAAACUGACUUCAUCCUCUGAAUAGCUGAAUGACUUUGUGCUGUUUCAGGAUGUUUGCACUGAAGAAAAACAGAAAGCUUGCCAGGAAUUCGUAAAGUAAAACUUCUCAUUUUUGUUUUGCUACCUAGAAAACAGAGGCUAUUUAAAUACUAAGCAGCAUAAUACUUAAUAAUCAGAACCAUACACAUUUUGAUAAACAUAAUCAUCAAAUAAAAUUACUUAGGGAGAGUGAAUAUAAAAAAUUAGAGGAGCAAAGUCUAGAAACCUCUACUUCAGCUGAUAACAUAAUUUAAAAAGAGAUCCAUAUGGUAUGAGCCUAGCUUUUGUAGUCUGAGCAAAAAAAAGAAAAAAAAAGGGAAUUCUAGAGCUUUAACUUGGCAGAUAAAAAUAUUCUUUUUUUUAAUAUUACAUAGUCACUAGUUUCACUAAACUUUUCCAAAAUUGCUGUUGGCCAUGUCUUUGAUAACCCAUUUUCACAAACUCUGCAGAGUGCCCAGGUAGAGCUAGGAAUGAAUGCCACAAACUAUCUUAAACAUUUCAAAAAUCUUUGCCACUUGUAAAGGCUUAAAUUUUAACAUACUUCUAUACAUGUAUAUAUACAAAAUUAUUGACCCUUCCUCUUAACACUUCAGAGAAUUUGGUUGAAAAAGCACUUUAUACCAUAUAUCUUCAGCUUAAAAUGUGUUUUAAUUUAAUGUACUUUUUAUUUUUAAGUAGGACAAGAUUGAAAAAUCUCUGGUAGGUGAUUGAAGCAAACUAAAUUAGAGGCCUUGGGCGCUGCUCACGAAAACAAACAAAUGAAACACCGCCCCAGAAAUGUAAAUAUCACGGUUAGCAAAUAUCCAUAUUAUAGAAGCACUUAAUGAAGAGAUAAUAUUUUAAUAUCUACAGUUUUGAGGUAGAGUGGGACUUAGUUCUAUGCUAUGAUUUAGGAAUAUUUUAAAUCUCUUCCUUCUAAUAUUGUUUUUCAGGGGAGAAGUGAGCCAGUCCUCCAGAGUUUAGCGCUAAACCCACUUUCGCAUUCAGGCCAUCCUUUGUCCACCACAUUUGACAUGGCAGGAGCUAAAGAUAGUGGCCAUUAACCAUCAGUAGUUUAAUUCUAGACUACUGCUAUCAAAUGAGUUUGGAGGAAAUAGGUGUUGUUUUUCUAUCAUAUUUAAGCCAGGCAGACUUAAAAUAUUUUGUAGAGGGUAUUGAAGAAUAAAAGACUAAGAAAAAUUGGUAAGUAUUUACUGUUGGAAUGUAAUUCUGUUUUUUAUUCUCACAGUAUAUUGUUCACAAUAGACUUCCUAUUUUAUCCUUUUUUAUUCUUGCAUUUAUAUAAUGCUUAACACUUUCAGGAAACCCUGGUGGCAUAGUGGCUAAGAGCUGCUACAGCUGCUAACCAAAAGGUUGGCAGUUCGAACCCACCAGGCGUUCUUUGGAAACCGUAUGGAACAGUUCUGCUCUGUCCUGUAGGGUUGCUGAGUUGGAAUUGACAGCAACAGGUUUUGUUUCUUAACAGUUUCAGAGUUCUUUCACAUAUACAAUCUCCCAAAUACCGCAGAUGCUUUAUUUGAAUAUAUCCCGUUUCUUCCUUUUGUCAAAACCAACAUGAGAUUGGAAGAGUGACAGAAUUAGAAGCAGAUGAGGAAAAUUAGGCACAGAGAGUCCCAGGAGGGACAGAGACCCAAACUCACACUACAAGGUAAUGACAUUACCAUCAUCUAAGGCAGUCAUCAAAGGCUGGUCCAGGACAGGACUAGAUCGAUCUUGCUAUAUGUCAUCAGGAAAUUUUAAUCUAUUACAUUUUUUAUUCUCCAAAAUAAGUAGCCAUGUUACUGUCAUCAUGUUCUUAGUUAUAACCUUCCUCAUAACAAACAGCAGUAUUACGAAGAACAUUGUAGUGUGAACAUGUACAUUUUGGGAUGGGGGCAGUUAUGUGAACUGGUGAUCUAAGAGAAUGAAAAUGAAGGGUUGUUUAAGAAAGAACAUCUUGUAAGCAGAUUUGUAUGUGGAACCUUAUAGAACAUGGUGCAGUGAAUGAUUGCCCCCCAGCCACAAGAGCACUUUAGACCUUUAAGUGGAUACACGGUUACUGUGCAGAGUCAUUCGUUCAGGAAGUGAAUGUAUAUAUUUGAGCACUAAUAUGUAAUACACAUCUUUGCCCUAUAGAGAAAAGCAAUCACGAAACUUGAUUUAAAUACAGAAUUAUUUUCCUGGAGCACGUCUUACAAUAAUCCAUGUUUUGAUGCAUGCAGAUUGUAUUUUAGGUAUGCAGAGGAACAAAUCUAGUUUAUUUGUAUGAAAACUAGUCUACGUAAAAGUUAGUGGAUUUAUUACUCUUUAAAUCUUUACUAUCCCCACAUUUUAUCUUUGUUUGAAGUAAACUAGCAUAUAAGAAAACAGCCUCUUUCUGGAUAUGUGGAUAAAGCUCAUUCACUGCUUGUGCUAUCCCUGUCCCCCUGUAGGAUUGGGGGAAGAUAACCCAGUGGAUGUGUCUUCCAUGUGUGGCUAUUGUAAUUUGACAAUUAGUUACUGGAAUUUUGGUAGGCCAGCCUCAUCCCUUAGAAAGACAUAUGCUGAAAACUCUUGAAAAACUAUAAAACUGCAGACUUUAUACUCAUUCAUAUCUAAACUUUUAAUCUUUUUUCUAACACAUAAAUCACACCAAAUAUUUGAGUAGAGGCAGGGGGAAAACAAAAUCAUUUAUAAGCUCUUUGUUCCCAUGUAUUCUCUACCUAAUUGUUUUAAAUUUGCCCUUCUUUCUUGAUAAGAGGUCUUACCACAUGAAGUCUUCCAGCAACUAUAGCUUUUCCUGCGAGGUUAAGGAUUAGUGACGCUGAAGCAUACUUUAAAAACGUUUCUUUAUUAAAGCUCAGAUUUCAAGUAGAACAUCCUAAAUCACUUUAGAAAUAGAAAUCAGGUAAAUAUAAUUUUAAGAGAUUUUUUUGACCCAUAUAGUUAACUAGUUAAAAUUAUGACAUCAAUGUAGAAUAGAAUAAUUGUAUAGUAGAAUUCCCUAAAAUCUUCCGUUCACUGGCCUAUAUUGACUAAGUAAGUCAAGCGGGAGAGCUCUCCCGCCAUUCUUUUAUAUUUCAUAUCACUCUUGUGUGAUUUUGCUCAGCUGGUUCUUAGGAGCAAAUUUCUAAACCAUGCUUAAACUAAAUUGCAAUGAUAAUAUAUUUUUAAUCUAAAAAAUGAUUACCACUUGAGAAACCUCUGUUUUAGUAAAGGUUUAUUUUGUUGGUAAAAUGUCAAAUUAAUAAGCUACAUAAAACUUCAAGUGAAUUGUUCAGAAAUAUUUUGGGGUUAUCUUUCUGUUGUAUGGAGCAUUAGAUUGUAUUGCCCAGGUAAGUUUAAAGUUUUUUGCACUUUUAUGUAAGUUAGAGAAAUAAUGGAGCCAUAAAAUGGCAAGAUAUUUAGCCUAAAAUUGGGCAUUGUCAUAGAGUUCAGAGAAGGUAUAAACUAGCAAACCUACAGCCAAUUUUUUGGACUGGUCCUUUACAGCAGUUCCUUUUCAGUCUUUAUAAACACAAAGAUGGCCCAUGGAAGCCCAUAAGGGCUUCCUUGGAAACGGUUUUAAUUCUUAUUAUUCUAUUGAGAUGUAAGUAAAAAAUUGAAAAAAAAAAAAAAAUUCCAAAGCCAAAUGUAAUACCUUUUGGGUUAAUCUAUUUUUUUUUUUAAUCAUAUGUGCCGUCUGUGUAUUAGCAUGAUGUUCUAGUAUACAUUGGAUCAAAAAAAAAAAAAAAAAGACAGCUCAGCAUGAGCUAUUGUUAUUUUUUCCUAAAAUUUUAAGGACUUUUUGAGUCAGUAGUUCCUUCGACUGGCUAAUUUAUUUCCUAGUUCUUCAUUAAAGUUGGUAGAUACAGUGAAAAUGCAUUUGAGGCUGAUGGUCAUACAUGUUCCAGAUCUUUUAUCCCUUGAACCAAAGUUUGGUCUGAGUGAUAACUACCUGUUUCAAAUGCUGUUACAUGAAUAUGAAAAUGUGAUGUGUCAGAAACAAAGUGUUGCUUUAAAGGUGGAUAUUUGAAAAUCCUUUAGUUUUAAUGUAUAUGUAUAUUGAAUAAUAUUCUCUAAAAUAAAUGUGAAACUCACUAGGACUGCAAUGCAGUGAUUAGCGUUAGGUGUGUCUCCUUUUCUACCCUGGCUGUGUCCCCUGUACUGGUAAAUGCAGUACUUUCAAGUCCACUUGCUGUUUACCCCACCUAACCUAACUUCCUGUAGAAGGCUUGUCUAGAGUAUUAUAUGUAUUUUUACCUUUGCAGUGAAUUGCAUGUACUAAAUGUAACCACAGCUAUCAUUUUUAUGUUGACAUAACUCUAAAUGUUACCGUAAAUAUUCUUUCAUGUAUAAGGUCUGAUCCCUUAAAUUUAAGAAAUAAAUUCUUACUCAGA